AUGGCGACUCUACUUCGAGAUCACGAUAAUAUGGACGUUUCGUCAGACAGCGGCUCGGAAGAUGGCUUCUAUCCUCGGUCCUCGUCGUUUCACCUCUCCCAAUACUCGCGCCCGCUGAUCGAUUUCGUCAAGAACGAGUGGCAGACCAAUUCUAAAUACCACUACCACUCGGCAUCAUCAUCGCCUUCGAACACCUCAGACGCCCCACGGUGGGUGCAGAUAACACUCUCGCUGAUUGCUGCCCCGAGAUUCCGGCGCUACGUGUUGGUAUAUGUGAUUCUGCUCAUCUCGUGCUGGGCGUGCUGGAAACAGGUUCUGUCUCCCCGGCUGGAAGAACAUGCCGCCCUGAUCAGCUCCUUGGAUGUGCACACCAAGGACCAGGUGGGGGGAUGGUUCGGGACAAAUGCGCUCCCCCAGUUUGAUGACCUGGUCAAGAUCCGUACCUUGGACCCGUCUCUCCUGCCUUCGGACACGAAGGCUACAUCGGGACCGAGCCAGCGACGGUUAAUCGUCGUAGGUGAUGUGCAUGGAUGCAAGGCUGAAUUGGUUAAAUUAUUGGAAAAGGUGUCCUUUAACCCCAAUAACGGCGACCAUUUGAUUUUCACCGGCGACAUGAUCAACAAGGGACCGGACAGCCUUGGAGUCGUGGACCUUGCGCGCAAAUACUCUGCUUCGUGUGUGCGCGGCAACCACGAAGACCGAGUUCUCCUACUGCGACAUGAGAUGUACGCCGCAAAUACAUUGACCGCCGACGACGCAUCAUCGGCGGUGGACAGCAAGGAAGAGUUCCUGUCCACAGACUACCAGGAGCGCAAGCUGGCGCGCCAACUCACGCAUGAUCAGGCCAAAUGGCUCGACACCUGCCCUGUGAUCUUGAAAGUCGGACAGAUCCCCGACAUGGGCCAGGUGGUGGUGGUGCACGCGGGCAUCGUCCCCGGUGUGCCUCUCGAGAAACAAGACCCGGCCAGUGUGAUGAACAUGCGGACCAUCGACCUUGACACACAUGUUCCCAGCUCGUCCAAGAGUGGCAUGCCAUGGACGAAGUUGUUCAACAAACACCAAUCAUUGCUGUACUCGGACCUAAAAGAGUCCGAUCCAGACGCCAAGGCCAGCACCACGACAGUCAUCUACGGCCACGACGCCAGCUCCUCGCUCAAUCUGAAGACGUACACCAAGGGUCUCGACAGCCGGUGCGUCAAGGGGGGCAAACUGACCGCCAUGGUGAUUGGAGAUGGAGGAGAGUCAAGCACUGUAUCUGUCAAAUGCCGGAAUUACAUGGAUGGAUAG